AUGUCAAUCAUAAACAAACAGAUUGAAAGGGAACGGAGUGGUCUGGGCAUUAAAGAGCAUGCUACGAGUCCGUUUAACGAAGUAGAUGUGAGGACACUCACUGAAGAGCCCCGGUCCGAGAUGGUGGAGCUAGUCGACGUUGAGAAACGAGGAAAGUAUGAACCUGGUGCUCGUUGGAAAAAUAACGAAGUACAUGAGAUUCCUCACAAUAACAUGAAACUCGUCUUUCCUGGCCUCAUGUUGACAGUGUUCCUCGCUGCGUUGGAUCAAACGAUAGCGGCCGUGGCAUUGCCGACGAUUGUCAGAGAUAUUGGCGGCGAGUCCGGGUAUAGUUGGGUUGGCAGCGCAUAUUUGCUGAUGUCCGCGUGUCUGAGCCCACUCUAUGGGAAGCUCUCUGAUAUCAUUGGUCGAAAGCCGAUUCUGUUCUUCUCAAUUGGUGUUUUCCUUUCGGGGUCUGCGCUGUGCGGCGCGGCCCAGACGUUCAUGUGGCUUGCGCUUUGUCGUGGUUUACAAGGUAUCGGCGGCGGUGGUAUAAUUCAGAUGGUCCUUAUCGUGAUUUCUGACAUCAAACGUGGGAAGUAUAGCGGACUAACAGGAGCAACUUGGGGAGUUGCAAGUGUCGUUGGGCCAUUGGUAGGGGGAGUCCUUGCCGAUCACGUCAGCUGGAGGUGGUGUUUCUUCAUCAAUCUUCCCGUAGGUGGCGCUGCAGCAGUAGUUCUGCUUUGCUUCCUGCACCUCAAGCCAACCAAGAGACGCUCCGUACGAGAGGUAGUAGCUGCAUUCGAUUUUGCCGGCUUGUUCUUGCUUGUUGGCGGAGUCGUCCUUGUUCUUAUAGGUUUCCAGUGUGCUGAGACCGCUGCAAAACGCUGGCAAGCUCCAGUGACGAUCUCAACGCUGGUCCUCGGCUGUGUACUGCUUCUUAUUGGUGCCGUGAACGAGGUGUACACGUCUCGCGAGCCAAUUAUUCCACCUCGGCUCUUUCAGACUCGCACGACGACUGGGAUUCUGAUUUCCGUCUUCAUCCACGCUCUAGCAUAUUUCGCUGCCACCUACUAUGUUCCAUUAUACUUCCAAAUUCUUGGCUCAAACGCGACAAUGGCGGGUGUCCGACAGUUGCCGCUUUCCUUUGGCUCCUCAGCUGUGGCAGCUUUAACUGGAAUUACCGUCGCGAAGACUGGCCGUUAUCGUCCUAUUAUGUGGCUUGGAUGGUUCGUGAUGACUAUUGGUUUCGGACUCCUGAUUAUGCUUGAGGAAAAUACGAGCUCUGCAAAACAAGAAAUAUGGUUGAUAAUCGCAGGACUCGGUGUCGGUUGUCUCUUCCAACCACCGCUUAUCGGGUUGCAAGCAGCCAUGCCUCUGAAGGAUAUGGCCACAAGCACAUCGGUAUUCGUGCUUAUUCGAACGCUUGGCGGCACAGUCGGUAUUUCUGUGGGAAACACGAUCUUCCUAUCGGAGUUGCCUGAUCGUCUGUCAAGAGUUCCUGGAUACAGUUCUUCAAUGACCUCGGGACUCGUUGACUAUACUGCAAUUUCGCGCAUACAACCGGAUUCGCUGCGUCUGCAAGUCAGUCAUGCAUUCACGCGUAGUCUAGCUACGAUAUAUAUUGCAUUCACUCCCAUCUGUUUUGUCGGCUUACUUUGCGUCUUGGUUCUUCGCGAAUACUCUUUCGUACGAAACGUCGAGCGCGAGCAGAAGCAAGAAAAGGUUCCUGAUUCAACAGUGGCUUCCGGACGUGCAAGCAUUGUCAAUGAGAAACCCACCGACAACUCUGCACCGAUUCUGGCAGAAACCGUUUCCAACAAUUAA